AUGCCUGGAAAGCGCGACAGUGUAAGCUGGACGUCAGAAACCUACUUGGCGGGCGGAAAAAGCGGCCACAAUUCCAAACACGAGGAGAUUUACAUCGAUUCAAGCAAGUAUUACAGCACUUCAGCCGAGGCCGCAACGCAAACACCCCCACUUCGGAGUGCGACGAAGAGGAGAUUGAAGCCGUGGUGCCGGGCGAUUCUGUGGAUCUCGGGAUUAAUUUUUCUGUGCGUGUUUUUUGUGGCGAUUUAUCAGAUUGCUUCGGCUCCUACCAGGAAAGCGCUGGCAGAGGAAACAGCAGCGAAAGAACAGCUAGUCAAAAUUCUAGUGGAGAUUCAAGAACAUGACCGAGCAAGAGUCGCACAAGUGAAUCAGUUAUUUCAAGGAAUUUCAAGUCCGCUGAUACCGUAUUUGCCCGCCCGCGGGUCAACUCCUGUUAUAACUUCAUAA